AUGUUUGCAGCGCAAAAUUUUUCCACGUCUGAAGAUGUCAAUCUAACGAGCACCGAAUCUGUGAGCAUUGAACGCGCUCAUUGGCCCAUCAAGAUGAGUGUAAUAUCUGUUCUAGGCGUGCUGAUUACCUUGGGGAAUAUUGCCGUUCUUCUGGUUAUAGCCACAUCUGUGUCCGGAUGGUCAAGGAACUCACGGUAUUUUCUGUUGUCUCUGACGGGUGCAGAUUCUGCGUUUGGAUUGAUUGUCAUGCCCUUGAACCUGUGGGUGAGUUUGGUGAAGAACUACACCGAAGGCCCCGACACCCUGUGUCACGUGGUGGCUUUCUGCAAUGCCACGGUCUAUUCCACCUGCAUGUAUACCCUGGCCACUAUAAGUUUGGAGAGGUACAUCGCUGUGUUCUAUCCUCUGAAGUACUCCUCACUGAUGACUAGGAAGAAAACCAUUUACCUGAUCGCGUUCGCAUGGUGUUUUCCUCCGAUUUUACUUCUGCCAAUAUCAUUUCCGGACGGGAUAAUUGAGGUCCAUUUCUCUACAGCGUCACUGGUCUGCAAUCCAUUAUACUCCACUAACGUUGGGUAUUCUCUGAGUCUGACGUGUUUUAUAUUUUUUCCUUGUUCGAUAAUCAUGACAUAUGCAAACUUGAGACUUUGGUUGGCAGCCAAGAAACAGAGGUUGAAAUUGCGCAAACACGAAAUGGGUCGUCGGAACAGACCCGACGUGGCUUCCAGAGUGCUUGUGCCUGUGAUGACCGUGUACUACACCUGUUGGACCCCGUGCAUGGCAGCAAUGAUAUACAAUGCUAUCUCAGGCCAAGGUGUACCAGAGUGGAUUGAAUUUGUGGUGGUCUGGCUGCCAACCACCAAUGGAUUUCUCAACUGCAUCUUGUACUUCUGGAUCAACCACAGCUUCCGUAGGAAGUUCCGCCUUAUCUUCGAGAGGCUGUCGCUGUCCCUCUGCCCUGGGGCAGCCAGGGCCCUCGGAUGCAGGGUCAGCUCACAGAUGCAGUUUGUAUCAGAAGUCUGGAAUAACAACAACAGUCUCAAUGAGCGCUCAGCCAGCAUGUCCUCCACAUGCACCUUAAUCACCCUGUCUGAUGACACCCACAUCUGA